UAGCUUUAAAAAUUGUGAAGUCCUUGUCAUAGCGGGCGUAAACGGUGUGUGAUUGUUGGUUGACUUAUUGGUCAUGGUGGAAGCGUAGAAAUGAUCUCACUUCGCAUCAUCAUACCGGCAAUGAUCAAAUAUACCAACUAACAAGCAAUUAUAUGAAAACCGUGAGCAGUUACAAAAAGAGACUCAGCGACAAGGUUAAUCUCCAUUUUAGAUGCUUUUCGGUGCGAGCAUAUGCUGCCGAACCUGAAAGAACAAUACAAGAAGACCGGUUAUGGAAAGAAACAAAAGCCACACCAUUAACAAACCUGCAUUACCUCUUACAAUUUUGUGCAAGAAGUCGAGAACCCAUGAAAGGCAAGGCCUGCCAUGCACAACUUAUUCAUUUUGGGCUAAAAGCAGACACUCUAACGUGCAAUAUGCUCAUCAAUAUGUACUCGAAAUGUGGCCUGAUUGACUUCUCUCGGAAAGUGUUUGAUAAAAUGCCUCAAAGAAGCUUGGUUUCAUGGAAUACAAUGAUUGCUGCUUAUACACAAAAUAUGGACGAGCAAAAUGCUCUUACUCUUUUCUUGGAAUUGCAAAGGGAAGGAAACCCAUUUAGCGAAUUCACAAUUUCGAGUAUUCUUUGUGCUUGUGCUGCAAAAAACGAUGCUUUUGCGUGUAAGCAAUUGCAUGCAUUCGCUAUGAAGGCUGCAAUGGAUGCAAAUGGUUUCGUGGGCACUGCAUUGCUUGAUGUAUAUGCCAAAAGUGGUUUGAUACAGGAUGCCAAUAGUGUUUUUGAGGGGAUGUCAGAGAGGAGUGCUGUUACGUGGAGUUCAAUGAUGGCCGGCUAUGUACAAAAUGAGCUUUAUGAGCAGGCUCUGGUUUUUUUCACCAGAUCACAAGCAGUUGGGCUUGAGUACAACCAGUUUACUAUGUCUUCUGUUAUUUGCGCCUGCGCAGGUUUGGCAGCUUUUAUUGAAGGUAGACAGGCGCAUGCUGUUGUUUGCAAAACUGGGUUUCGUUCAAACAAUUUUGUGGCUUCCUCUAUUGUUGACAUGUACGCUAAAUGCGGUAGUGUUAAAGAGGCGUAUAUUGCAUUUUUGGAUGCUGAAGGGAAGAAUGUCGUUUUAUGGAAUGUGAUGAUUUCUGGGUUUGCUAAACAUUCUCACUCUUUGGAAGUGAUGAUUUUAUUUGAGAAAAUGCAGCAAAUAGGCAUGCGGCCAGAUGAGGUGACAUAUAUUUCUGUGUUAUCGGCAAGUAGUCACAUGGGUCUUGUUGACAUUGGACGGAGUUAUUUCAACCUUAUGACACGAGAGCAUAAUGUGUCACCAAAUGUCCUUCACUACUCAUGCCUGGUUGAUAUUCUUGGACGGGCAGGGCUAAUACAUGAAGCUUAUGAAUUAAUACAGAAUAUGCCUUUUGCUGCUACUGCAUCCAUGUGGGGAUCAGUUUUGGCAUCUUGCAAUAUUCAUGGGAAUCUUAAAUUAGCUGAAAUUGCAGCUAAGAACUUGUUUGAGAUGGAACCAGAUAACGCGGGAAACUAUGUUUUGCUGUCAAAUUUAUAUGCUGCUAAUAAGAACUGGAAGGAGGUUGCAAAAGCAAGGAAGCUUCUUAAAGAAAAAGAGGUGAAGAAGGAAACAGGCAAGAGUUGGAUUGAAAUUAAGGACAAAGUUCACAUAUUUAUGGUUGGAGAAAGAAACCAUCCUAGAAUUGCUGAUAUUUAUUUAGAGUUGGAUAACUUGCUGGAAGAGAUAAAGAAACUAGGUUAUAAGGCUGAGACAGACUAUGACCUUCAUGAUGUGGAUGAGAGCAGAAAACAAGAACUUUUAAGACACCACAGUGAGAAGCUAGCACUUACUUAUGGGUUGAUGUGCUUACCUCUGAAUGCACCUAUCAGGAUUAUGAAGAAUCUCCGGAUCUGUGGGGAUUGUCAUUCUUUUAUGAAGCUUGCAUCAAGCAUGACAGGGAGGGAAAUUAUUGUUAGGGAUGUAAACCGGUUUCAUCAUUUUAGGGAUGGAUGUUGCUCUUGUGGGGAGUUCUGGUGAUUUCUGGUUUACUAACUAAAAUUAUGGUGGUUGUUAAUUUAUACUGAAUAUUGGUGAUUCAUUCACCAUUGAUGCAAGUCCUUUGCGAACAAAAAAGGGAUAUCAUUUG